AUGACAACUGACAUUAAAAGUUCAGAUGGUAGUACGGAGGGUGCUAAAGAGUUCAUCCAAUUGAAGAAACUUCCCGGUCUUCAAGAAGUAGCAAAACAUAAUCCAAUGCAGAUACUACUCUCACAAUCGGUAGCUUUACAGUUAAAAACGAUGAAAUCUGAUUUUUCAAUUACGGAGUUAGGGUUCAACAAUAUGAUGCAGUUUAUUGAGAUGCAGAUGAAUGAUAUGUUCCAAAUUUUGCAUCGGUUUGCAAACAUACAACGCAGAAAUGAAAUAUCUAUAAAGGAUUUGAAGUUAUUUUUGAAGGGUACUGGAAUUGAGGUGCAAUCACUGUAUGAUGAGUUUGAGAAGUCGAGAUAUAUAAAAAAGACGUAUGAAGCUGAAUUCAAAAAUAUAGAACGACAAAGUUUGGACUUGGUUGAGAAAUGGCAGAAACCACUGAGGGAUGAGGAACUACUUUCGAGUAACCAUGCAGAAUUUUUCUUUAAGGAUGUAGAUAUUUUGAACUUAGUGCCCCCAACCAAUAUUAAUAAUAGUUAUGUUCCUACUUGGCUUCCUGAGUUCCCUCCCGAUCACACGUAUAAGUUUACUGCUAUAUACAACAAACCGAUAUCAGACGAGCGACAGAUGAAACGUAUGCUUUUUGAAGAAGGGAAAUUAUCAGAGAAAGCGCUAUUGAAUAUGCUGGGCAGUGCUCAAGCAAAGAUGCUUAAGGUGGAGGAUGAGGAGACCAUUGCGCAGACGUAUAAGGAAAGUCAGGAGGAGACACAGCUGAUAUACGGAGUAGAGAAGCAGCGGCCGCGUCGUGAAAAUGCUUACGUCGGGGGGAAUAGCACUAACAAUGACGACCUCCCAUUAAAUUCGUCACACUCAAAGGGAUUUAAUAUUCAAGAGUAUGCUCGUUCUAGAAUAGGUCUGGCAAGGCGAAAAGUAGAAGAGUUUGAAAACCAUAAGUUACAGGCACAAAAAAAUCCAUUUAUAAGAGCGUCAAGUAUAUGUUCGCCCUAUGGUAAUGCCCAAAAGACCACACGUAAGGCUGCAGAACGAGAGUUUAAUAUCCUCCUUCGGCGCAGUUAUGUCGGAGUGCUAAAGUCAAUCCCAAAACUAAGACAACUCAAAGCAAAUGAAAUGGCCGCUGCAAUUGAACGGGAACGCAUAAAGCAAAAAGAACGGGAGAUGGAACUCGAGAAAAAACAUCUCCAACAGGGCGUUGUAGAUUUGAAUGCAUUGCAUGAAGAUGCACUGCUUGCUGAUCUUGACUCAACUGACAGCGAAGACGAUGAACCGAUGAUGGGCUCCAAAAAACAAGAACUAGGAUUUUCUGAAAUUGCAAAUCCCCUGCAAGCAAAAAAGAUUCUGGCCCAGGAUUCAACCCUCAAUGUAUCCUCCGACAUUGAAUCGACAUCAUCUGCUCGACCCAGUUCAAAACCGCCGCAGCAGCAGCCCUUGCAAGACGUAACCACCCCUCCUGCUAGCGAAAACACCACCUCACCCCACCACUCUGCAAUCCACCUAACACCAACUGGCCCUCUGAUUGGUUCCACACCAUUCGUACCCCACUGA